GGGCGCCGCGAGCGCGGCCAUGGCGGGGGCGCUGAGGAAGACCACUGGACUUGUGGGACUGGCUGUAGCCGAGAACCCUCAUGAGCGCCUGCGAAUACUGUACACAAAAAUCCUUGGUGUCCUGGAAAACAUUCCCAAAGAUGCAGCUUACAGGAAAUACACCGAGCAGAUUGUAAAUGAGCGAUUUGAUUUGGUGAAAAAGGAGUCUGAUGUGCAAAAACUACAGGACAAACUGAAUAGUGGUCAGAUAGAAGAAGUCAUUGUACAGGCUGAAAACGAGCUGUCGCUGGCAAGAAAAAUGGUACAGUGGAAACCAUGGGAGCCUCUAGUUGAAGAACCUCCUUCUAAUCAGUGGAGAUGGCCAAUAUAAUUUUCAAAAUGGUGUAACCUCUUGAAAGUAAAAAUAAAAAAUUAAUUAUUAA